CAUAAUCAGUCAUGCCUGCUACUAUUAUAUCCCUCCUCGACCACAUAUUCACAACUCGUUUGCAUCGGCCACAGAAUGAGUUCCUUCUCAAGUCUGUCCCUCCCGCGGCCUACAUCACCUCAGCACCUGGCUAAGCGAAGGUUGCUUCUGAUCUACAUCCAUGGCUUCGAAGGCUCGGAAGCCAGUUUCUCCGAUUUCCCAGCCCAUGUACACACCUCCCUGACUGAUCUCUUGAGCGAGUCGCACCUGAUAUACACUCGCAUAUAUCCUCGAUACAAAUCUCGCGGCGAGAUACGCACGGCGGUUGAGAACUUCAGUGAAUGGUUGUCACCACACGUAGCCGAUGAUCUCGACGUGAUCCUACUGGGCCAUAGUCUCGGGGGCAUCCUCGCAGCCGAUGUUGCUCUCCUACCGAGCACGUUUCCCUCACAAUCUUUGCAUCGCAUUUUCGGGCUGGUCAACUUCGACGUUCCAUUCCUAGGGCUGCAUCCACAUGUGAUCCCGACGGGGCUUCGCGGGCUGUGGCAGCCUAAACAAGACGCAGCCGAAAUAGUCCAGCAAGAUGCUACCCUGAGCGAUAUCGAUCUUUGUGUCGCAACGGCCGCCGCAUCGGCGGGGCCACGAUUUGACCCGCCAUUCGCCAAUGACGUGCAUCUCGUGGAGCGAGAUCGUAUCGAUGGCAUGCUUCACUUCGUCCACAAGAACCAUCACCAUUUAUCACGCUCAAUCUACAAGCGCAUGGUGUCCUCGUACCGUUUCGCUGGCUGCUUGAACAACUACAGGCAGUUGCGUCGACGGUAUCGGCAACUGAUGUCUUUAGAAACGGAGGAGAGUCCGCAUCGAGUUCGUUGGAUCAAUUAUUACACCCUCAGCACAGCCACCAUCAGAACGAAGGUCCCGCGGGAUGUACCCUCGGAAGAGCAAUCGCUGGUAGUGCCCGCAGACAAGCUGGAACUCACCACAUCCUCUUCCACCCUGGGAGAAUCGAAGGAUCCUGAUGAUGCCGAGGAUGGAAUGGCGCUGUCGACGAAGGAAAAUAGUAUGGCUGCCUCCAGCGACUCAGUCAACAUCAGUCUCAAAAAUACCCACGGUCAACGUAACAACGCUACCCUGACGAGGAAGGAGAGAUGCACCGGCAAGCCACGCAAAUUCGUACUUUUGCCGUCACACCAUUGGAAGCACGGAGACGAUUCACUUUGGAUCCCGGUGCCGAUGGAGCAUAUGGACGAAGUCACGGCACACCAGUCAAUAUUUUUGCCCAACGGCGGGCACUAUGAUCGGCUGGUUGGUGAGGUUGUAUCGCAAGUUCAAAGUUGGAUUCAGGAUGAUCUUAGUGAGAGGGCUGUUGCAGACCGGAAACCUGGAUGCUGA